AUGUCUCGAGACUACAAGCCCAGACCUGAGAUCACGGAACUCUAUGAAUAUAUGGUGAAAAUCCGUAGACAUUGUCACAUAAAUGCGGAGACGGCCUUCAACGAAUUCGACACCGCAGCUUACAUCACAAAGGAACUGAAAUCUAUGAAAGGCAUGCAAGUUAUCAACAAUAUCGGUGGGCCGACUGGAGUAGUUGGGAUUUUACGUGGCAAGACUGAACGCCCAUGUAUCGGUUUACGAGCUGAUAUCGAUGCAUUGCCACUAACCGAGGAUCCGACUGGCAAGGUCUAUGCUAGCACUCGCAAGGGUGCGAUGCAUGCAUGUGGUCACGAUACGCACAUCGCGAUGCUGCUGGCUGCUGCGAGAGUUGCGUCGGAAAAGUGGAACUCAAAGAUGCAUGGAUCCAUCAAGUUCAUUUUCCAGCCCGCUGAAGAGAAUGGUGGUGGUGCAAAGAGAAUGAUUGAAGAUGGUCUCCUGGACGUGGGUGGUUUCGACAUUGAUGCGUUCUAUGGAAUCCAUAUCUCAAGCUUUGCACCUGUUGGUAUGGUCUUUGCUAAUGUAGGAACAACGAUGGCUGGAGGCGAUUUCUUUUACAUUACCGUCAAUGGCGUGGGUGGUCAUGGAUCUGCCCCGCAUCAGACGAAGGACGCGAUAGUGAUUGCCAGCCAUUUGAUUACGGCGCUACAAACGGUUGUGUCUCGAAAUGUUGAUCCUCAGAAAGGUUCAGUGCUUUCAGUCGGCAAGAUUGAAGCUGGAUCUGUAGCAAAUGCUAUAGCUUCCACCGCAAGUAUGGAGGGAACAGUCAGAUUCUUUGAGCCUGAAGUGAAGGUAUUGCUUCGAAAUCGGUUAACAGAAAUCUGCAAGGGUGUCGCGGCCACUUUUGGUGUUGAGAUUGACAUUCGAUAUGUGGAUAUCUUUCCUGCUUUAACCAACGACAAGGGUCCAACAGAGCUUGUUCGAUCUAUCGUCUCAAAGAUAACGCCUCACUUGGGCCCUGCAUUCAAAGCAACGGGAUCGGAAGACUUUUCACGAUUCCUGGAAUUACGUCCCGGCUGCUUCUUCAACGUGGGAGGCAAAAUCAACGACGGUAAAAUGAGGCCACAUCAUAGUCCUCUCUUUGACAUUAAUGAGGAAGCUAUGCUUGUUGGUGCUUCAUGCUGGGUGCAAUUGAUUGAGGACAUGCUCGUGACGCAAGUCAUUAAGGAUGUAGCUGGUGGUGAACGUCGUGGGGUGACGAAACCUGCUGCGGCUGCUGUUAGAUUAUAA